CAAUCUAUAAAUAAGAUGUUGCGCGAGACAGAUGGAGGCAUGUCUUAUUUUCUUCUAAUAGCCAUACCGGUGCUAGCUUUUUGUUUACCAGUAAUGGCAAGCGAAUUCGAAGUUAUGUCUAUGUCUAAAUUCGACGUCAAUGGUCAAAAUUUUGGUAGCCGGCAAUCGUCAAUUUCCCUAGAAGCGAGAUCAUUGUAUUCAUGGAAUACCUCACGACAUUGUGUUCUCACACGAUUAAUUAAUUUGUCUGUUAAUGACUUUGACAAAAUACGCCAAAAUGCAGGAGGCCUUAUCAUUAUGUUGCCGUCGGAUAUUAUGAAAUUGGACGCUGAAGCUAAGGAGCAUAUAGCCGUCCUAGAGCAGGCGAUGCUCACGCAUACUGGGGCAGUGCCAAUUUAUUUCGCCCCCUAUAAUAUAAAUUUGGAAAAAAUAAUUGACGAGAUCACUUAUACAACCAUAAAAGCUUCUAGUCAAAAUCAAACAUCGGUUGCACAAUUGAUUAUGUCAGUUUCAGCCAAUGGAUAUCAUGCAACUGUAGGUGGUACUAACAAAGUCGCAAACAAAAACAGCAAGAUACCUAUUAUCUACGGCGAGCUGUUAUCGAAUCAAUUGCAUUUAAAGGCCAAUGACAACGCUGUCGAUGCACACAAGUUACCAGUAAUAUUGAUAACGGCAACUCUCAAAACAUUUGGUGUAUUUAAUGACUAUCCCGUGAAUGCUGAUGUAACAGUCUUACUGGCACUCAUAGAAAUGUUUAGUAAGCUGCAUUCUACGACAAAUAUGGCUCCAAACUACCGUCUCAUUUUUAUGAUUUCGGAUACCGGUCUACUUCUUAACUUUCAAGGCUCGAAGAAAUGGCUAGAAAUAGACGAUAAUUCCGCUUUACAGAAUGUUGAAUUUGUGCUUUGCUUGGAUACCAUCAUAGAAAGUUUAUCCUCCAAUCCAGAUAUGGAUAUGUACAUGCAUGUUUCUAAGCCACCCAAAGAAAAAACGUCAAUAAGCCACUUCUUCAAGCUACUUAAAUCUACGGCAGAAAAAUAUAACAUAACGGUAGAAGGUGUCCACAAGAAGAUAAACUUAGCUGAUUCAAAACUUGCAUGGGAGCAUGAGCGAUUCAGCAUCAAACGAUAUCCUUCUUUUACCCUAUCUUCGCUGAAAAGUCAUAGAAGCCCAUCGCGAACAACAAUAUUCAAGGAUGAUGAAACACGUAUUUUGACACAUACACUUAUCGCCUCAAGAAUAGUAGCGGAAGCCCUGGCUAGUUUCAUGUACAAAAUGGAACCAACGACAAGUAUUUUUGACGGUCAAUUUGCCAUAAAAGAAGAAAAUGUCUCGCCAUACUUCGGAAUCAAAUCAGUGUUGCAUAACAAUGAUCUUAAAGAUGCUUUUGAAAAGUACCUUAACAAUGUUAAAAUCAUAUAUGAUAAAGCCGAUAGUCGAGAUCCUGAUUUUAUGUUCUACAACGAAAACGAUGUGAAACUGAAUGUUUACAGAGUUAAACCAGCUAUUUUUGAUAUUUUCCUCACUAUUUUAAUAGGCUUUUAUUUGUUAACUGUAUUCUUUGGCAUUCAAUACUUUCCCCUCUUUUACGACAAAGUUUCAAGACUUACAAGAGAUGAUACCUCGGUACAAACUAAUGGACACUACCCCGAACGACUAAAGUUCAAGUGAAGUUUCGUUAAAACUUUGUCAUUAUCAAUCAAUUUUUUGCUACAUCAUUAAGUAUAAAGAGAAAGUUAAAUAAAUUUAGUGCAAUUUGAUACCAAA